AUGAAAAAUCGUCCUGCAGCCACGCUUAGUCUUCCGAUGCCACAGAAAGUAAUAGAAUUGCAAUUUAUCGAACCGAUAUCGGGAAAGAAUUGCUGGACACCGUUUCCAAGUGAAAGACUCGCUGUUUGCAAUAUCUCCGGACGAAGGAAAGUCUUCAAGGUGAUCAAAGCCUCACGCGGGUGUUCCGAAACACGCACUCAGAUACAUGCUAAUGAUUUUAAAAUUGCCGUAUCUACGGGUUUCCAUCUCCACCUUUGA